CUUAACGAAUUUACAGGCAGUGUGAGGUGGGAAGUAUUGCUAGGUAAUGUACAUGGCGUGUUUGGCAGCGUCCAUUGGUGCGCCUUGCCUGGAGUUGACAGAGAAACGUCACCAAGUGUGUUUUCGUCGUUGUGGCAGCUCGCGCUUUGUCUGAGCACUGAAGUGUGUGUGUGUGUAGUUGGCCAUCAUGCAACACAAAACCAUAUUUUGCGGGGUGGGGUGGAGAAUUCGCUACUUUUUGAAUUAGACUUGGCUCGUGCCCGCUUUGAUUACUUUUGUCAGACCAAAUUAUAAGGAAGUUGUCUCGCGCGCGUGUUUUUGUGUAUUUAUUAUUUUUAGCAUUAUUAUUGCGCCUGUUUUUUUUUUUUUAAUGGUUAAUAGCACAGAACUUUUUUUAAAAAAAAAAACUUAUCGUGAAGGAGAACUUGCGGUAUUUUUUUUUUCUUUUUCUUUCUAUUUUUUUUUUAUACAUGAACGUAGGUUCUUGGUGCACUGACAACAAACAAAGAAGCAAAGUUUGCUGUGUGUUCUGGUGUGCAAGAAAAUAAUCAAAGAGUCGAUGCAUCGUUAAACACGUCCCAGAUAGAUGAGCACCGGCUACAUCUCGGAUCGACUCUGAUUAUCGGAUCUAUUCCUCCUGACUGAUUGUCAGUAAUAAUUCCCCCCCCCUUCAGAUAUAUACCUAGCAUGCCCUCGAAAACGAGUAAAAGCUGUUCGGUUGCGAAGCCCUGGGGGAAAGGGUCGCAGGAUGACUCGGAAAUAAAGCCUCAUGCAGAAGUGCACGCGGAUGAACAGGACGCGCCGCAGACUAAUGAUGCCGCUGGUGAGGCGGUGGAUAACCGGAGCCUGGAGGAGAUUCUCGGUAGCAUCCCUCCACCUCCACCCCCCGCGAUGACCAACGAACCGGGUGCUCCUCGCCUCAUGAUCACGCACAUCGUCAAUCGGAACUUCAAAUCGUACUGUGGGGAGCAGAUCCUGGGGCCUUUCCAUAAGCGCUUUUCCUGCAUCAUCGGUCCAAACGGGAGCGGGAAAUCCAACGUGAUCGACUCGAUGCUCUUUGUAUUUGGAUACAGAGCGCAAAAAAUCAGGUCCAAAAAGCUGUCUGUGCUUAUUCACAGCUCUGACGAGCACAAGGACAUCCAGAGCUGCACUGUAGAGGUGCACUUUCAGAAAAUUGUCGACAAGGAAGGAGAUGACUACGAUGUCAUCCCCGACAGCAAGUUUUACGUUUCAAGAACCGCCGGUAAAGAUAAUUCCUCCUCCUACCACAUCAAUGGCAAAAAGGCGACCUUCAAAGACGUUGGAACUUUGCUCCGUAGCCAUGGCAUUGACCUUGACCACAACCGAUUUCUCAUUCUCCAGGGAGAAGUGGAGCAGAUUGCGAUGAUGAAGCCCAAAGGCCAGACGGAGCAUGACGAAGGCAUGCUGGAAUACCUGGAGGACAUCAUUGGCUCCUGCCGACUCAAAGAGCCCAUCAACACGCUCUGCAGACGAGUGGAGCUACUGAAUGAGCAGAGGGGGGAAAAGUUGAAUCGUGUGAAGUUGGUAGAGAAGGAGAAGAACGCCCUGGAGGGUGAAAAGAACAAAGCGGUGGAAUUUCUCACCCUGGAAAACGACAUGUUUAAGAAGAGAAGCCAACUCUGCCAGUUCUAUGUACAUGAUUUGCAGCAGCGUGUUGCCGAAAAGGAAGCAGACAAACAAGAGAUCCAGGAGGACACCAAGGGACUGACUGAAAAAAGCAACCAGCUUGCAGAGGAAAUGAAGGGGAAGAAUGAAGCCCUGAAGGAUGUCGAGAAGAAAAUGGGCAAGCUGACCAAGUUCAUUGAGAGCCAGAAGGAGAAGUUCACCCAAUUGGACCUUCAGGACGUGGAGGUGCGUGAGAAGCUCAAGCACACCAAGAACAAGACCAAGAAACUCCACAAACAGCUGCAAAAGGACAAGGAAAAGCUGGAGGAAGUGAAAAAUGUUCCUGCCAGCAGUGAAAAGAUCAUCACAGAGGCUUCUGCCCAGAAAGAAGUGCUGGAGAAAGAUAAGGUUAUGGUGGAAGCAGCUCUAGCCCAGGUGAUGGAGCACCUGAAGGAGGAGACCAGUGGCCUGCAACAGGAAAAGGAGCAAAAAGAGAAGGAGCUUCUGGAGCUAAGUAAAGCUGUGAACGAGACCCGCUCGCAUAUGGAUGUAGCUCAGUCAGAGCUGGACAUCUAUCUGAGUCAGCACAACACAGCCGUUUCACAGCUCAACCAGGCUAAGGAGGCCCUACAGGGAACUGCUGACACACUCCGAGACCGAAGAGCUGCCAUCAAAGAGCUGAAGGUCAAAGUGCCCAAAUGUGAGCAGGAGCUUAAAAAGGAUGAGGGGGAGCUGAAGCAGAUUUCUGAGCAGGAUGGACAGGCCCAGGCUGCGGUCAGGGACAUGAGGCAGAAGGUCGAAGAAGCCAAGUCUUCUCUGUCCUCCACCCGGAGCCGAGGCAAAGUGCUCGACGCGCUCAUGCAGCAGAAACGCAGCGGAAAGAUCUCCGGCAUCCUGGGACGUCUGGGUGAUCUGGGAGCCAUUGAUGAGAAGUACGACAUCGCCAUCUCAUCAAGCUGUGGCGCACUCGACAACAUUGUGGUGGACACCAUCGACACAGCUCAAAAAUGCGUCACCUUUCUUAAGGCCCAGAAUGUUGGAGUGGCAACCUUCAUCGGUCUAGACAAGAUGAAGGUCUGGGAGAGAAACAUGGGCGCCAUCUCCACACCAGAGAACAUUCCCCGUUUGUUUGAUAUGGUCAAAGUAAAGGACGAUUCCAUCCGUCCCGCCUUCUACUUCGCCCUGAGAGACACGCUGGUGGCUAAAAACCUGGAUCAGGCGACUCGAGUGGCCUUCCAGAAAGAUAAACGCUGGAGAGUGGUCACUCUGCAGGGACAGAUCAUCGAGCAGGCUGGUACUAUGACUGGAGGAGGAGGACGUGUAAUGAGGGGCAGAAUGGGCUCCUCUAUUGGCACUGAAGUCACACAGGAACAGCUGGACAAAAUGGAGAGUUCAUUAAAGGAGAAGGUGGCGCAGCUGCAGGGCUGGCAGCAAAGGAAACAGCAGCUUGAGGAGAGCGUGCACAAACAGAGACAGGAGCUCCGAGACAUGAAGAACACUUUGGAGAAAUACACAGCUAGCAUUCAGAGUCUUGAGGAGCAAGAGAUUCACCUGAAGUCUCAGAUAAAAGAGCUGGAAGCAAAUGUUGUUGCUGCUGCCCCAGACAAAGCCAAGCAAAAACAGAUGGAGAAAAACCUGGAAGCCUUCAAGAAAAAUUAUGAUGCUGCAUCCAGCAAAGCAGGAAAGGUCGAAGCUGAGGUGAAACGACUCCACAAUCUAAUCGUGGACAUCAACAGCCACAAGUUGAAGGCCCAACAGGACAAACUGGAUAAGAUCAACAAAGAGCUAGAUGAGUGUUCAUCAGCAAUCACCAAAGCUCAAGUGGCUAUCAAGACAGCAGGACGUAAUCUGAAAAAGGCAGAGGAGACAGUUUCACGACUGGAAAUUGAGAUUGCCGAGAAUGAGAAAUUAAUGGAGGAGCUCACAGAGCAACUGAAGAAACUGGAGGAUCAAGCAGGAGAGAUCAUGAAGUCCUGCCAGGAGGCCGAGGAGGCUCUGCCUGAGGUGCAGGAACUGCAUCGGGGGGUCUUGCAGGAGAUCAAGGCCCUUCAGGAACAAGAGCAUGCUUUGCAGAAAGAGUCUCUGAAUGUUCGGCUGAAAGUGGAGCAAAUCGACACGGCCAUCGCCGAGUGUCAGAAUAAGAUCAAACACUGGGAAAAAGAGUCCACAAAGCUUGCUUUGCACUCGAUUGAUGAUAAAUCAGCAGAGGAACUGCCAAAGCUGACCACAGAGCAGUUGGUGGCCAUUAAAAGCCCAGAUGUCAUCAAAAAUGAGAUUGCUCUUUUGGAGGAUCGCUGUGCUCAGAUGAAGCCCAACCUGGGUGCUAUAGCAGAGUUUAAGAAAAAGGAGGAGCUUUAUUUGCAGAGAGUAGCUGAGCUGGAUGAGAUUACCACCCAGAGAGACAACUUCAAGAGGAGCUGCGAGGACCUGCGGAAACAGAGACUGAACGAGUUCAUGGCUGGCUUUAACAUCAUUACCAACAAGCUGAAGGAGAACUACCAGAUGCUGACACUGGGGGGUGAUGCUGAGCUGGAGCUUGUGGACAGCCUGGACCCUUUCUCUGAGGGCAUCAUGUUUAGUGUGCGUCCUCCAAAGAAGAGCUGGAAGAAAAUCUAUAACUUGUCUGGAGGAGAGAAGACUCUGAGCUCUUUGGCGUUGGUCUUUGCUCUGCACCACUUUAAGCCCACGCCUCUAUACUUCAUGGACGAGAUAGACGCUGCUCUGGAUUUCAAGAACGUGUCCAUUGUGGCCUGCUACAUAUAUGAACAAACCAAGAAUGCUCAGUUCAUCAUCAUCUCUCUGAGGAACAACAUGUUUGAGAUGGCUGACCGCCUGAUUGGCAUCUACAAAACACACAACACCACUAAAAACGUGGGAAUCAACCCCAAAACCAUCGUCCUCAAAGAUAUUGAAGUUGCAUCAGGAUAAAGCAACAAAUAUAUCCUUGGACUUCUUUGUGUCUUUGUUUAUAACUCUUUAGUCUUUUUUUUUUUUUUUUUUUUUUUUUUGCACCUUUUCCACAUGAUGUCUAAUAUUGUUAUUUUCUUCUGUGCCAGUUAAAUCAAUUAUUAAAAAUGCUGCUGUUUAUACUAUUAAACUUUAUAUAUAUAUAUAUAUAUAUAUAUAACAUGAAUUUAAAUGUAUACUGUCAUUUUGAGUCUGUUGCUUGUACCACACAUUUAAACUAUGUACAGAUAAUAAUCUGAAUCCAAAGUACAACUUAAUUUAAUUAGUAUUCUGAUGCGCUGCAUGUGUUAACUGGCUUUGUGAAGUAUGGCAUUGCAUAAACUAAAUAUAGGAAUAAGCUCACCUUGAUCAUGCUCUAUUAUUCCAUAAUCUCAAUCCGUUUCAUGUAGUAAGGCACUGAAAUGGAAAUCUGGAGCUGAGGCAGGGUUUACAGAAGCCUUUUUUCACCCUUCAUUUGUGCGUAGAAUGCCACGUUAAACAAACCAGAUAUACAAGGGUUUUUAUUUUUUUUUAUAUAUAUAUAUAUAUUAUAAUAUAAUAUAAUAUAAUUUUUUUGCUCUGCUUCAUCUAAUGUUGCUAAUCUGUACACAAUUUUGUGCCAGUGCCGCUGGCAGCCAGAAUGAGAAACAGGCUAGUUUUAUUUAUUUAUAUUUUUGUGUGAAUAUGUGCAAAGCAGCAGUAAGAAACAGUGAGGCAGAAGCCCAGCGUGGCCACUACCUAAUAAGCUGCUCCUCCUUCCCUCUGUUCAAAAUUCUCUUACAUGAACUCUGUGCAAAGCAAAAGUAUUCAAACAGCAAUAAAUGUGACUAAAUCUUUCAUGGCCCAUGUCCUCUCCCCUUCAGAGUUUUGAGCAGGGUGAAUAAAUUUUAUUAA